UCCCAAGUCCCAAGUCCCAACCAAAACCCCAACCAUUUGCACCGCCGAACAAAACCCUACCCACCUCUCUCCGCCCCCGGCGACCCGCAAGCCACCACCGCCGCGCGCGCGCGCCAUGGUGGUCUCCUUCAAGCUCUCCCGCCGCGGCCGACGCUUCUACCCGCCGCCUCCGUCCUCCACCUCACCCGCCGCCGCCGCCGACGACGACCCGCCUCCUCCCGUCGGACCGCCCUUGCCGCCUCCGCCUCCGCCGCGUGAUGCCGCUGCGGCGGGGCCGGGGCUUGGUGGCGGCAGCAGCGCCGACCGGUGGGUCCUGCAGGACGGGAAUGGGACCGAUUCUGUUGAUUUAGACCUCGAGCCGUCCUUUGCGCUGAAUCUGUUCCCGGAUGGAUACUCAAUUGGCGAGCUUGAUAAGGGCAUGUUUUUGUUUCUGAUUGGCGAUGAUCCAGAGAAGAAGCCGUACAAUAAGGCAGCUAAAGCUUUGCUUUCUGAUAUCGAGUACGGCUGCUUGCCUCAUGAUAUCUUGCAUGGUAUAUCCUGCAAAUUCCGAAAUGGAACCGUUCUUUGCGAGGUGCGGGACUACCGGACCUUUUUGUCUAAAGGUGAUGAUUCUUCAGAAUACGACUUCCCCAAAAUGAACAGAGUUGCUCUCAAAUUGGGCACUGAAUGUGCUAUCAAAGAUCUGUCUUUGAUUGCAGAUUCUUCCUGGACUUAUCAUGACCAGUUGAUUGCCGAGUCGACCAUCAUCAAUGCCUUGCAACCCAGGCUUAAUUUGGAUCCUACACCAUGCAUUGAAAAGCUUUACAACUCAGCUGUUAAGAAGAUUGAUUUAGGUCUAAAUAAAGGAAGGCAGCAAACCAGAGCAACCUCUCUUCUCAAUACGUCUAUCAAUCAUCCUGAAAAAUGCAAGCGCAAGGAAUGGGAUGCUUGUGAUGGUGCAGCAUUAUGCAUUGAUAAUUCAGAUAUAGAAAUCUUGCCAAUUGGAAUAUACAGCUCACCGGUGAACUGUCCGUCCUCUCCUCAAGUUAACAAUGCAAAAUCAACCGUAAUGUCUGAUCCUGAAAAUACUGCUCAACGCUCUUCAACCGUUAUGAACAGUCCUGCCCUAUGUGGUAGAAUACAAGGCGCAUCAAGUAGUACUGCUCGUGGUAAUUUUCUUCAGAGUCAUGAACAUAGAGUGGAGGUAGCAGCUGUACAGGUUGAUCAUAGAAAUGAACAAUCACUAAGGGAGACAGUUCUAUCACAAAAGAGAAAGGAGUCCUCGAGUCUUCCAUGCGAAAGGAAGACUUCAAACAAAAGCCCAAGGUUGAGUUCCCGAAGUUCCAGUGGCCAUUUUGAAAAGUCAAUUGGGACUUUAAAUAAAGAAGGGCUUAAGCUGGGAUCUCCAAAAGAACUGCCGGUUGAGGUCAAGGUAGGUCAUAUAAUAGGCAACAAGGACAUGAUAGUACAUCCACAGAAGCCCUUCUCAGUGAUCUCAACCAGUCAUCCACUUGCUUCCUUGGACAAAAAAAAUCCAUGUUUAGAAAAAUCCUCUGAAAAGCAGGGAUCUCAAGAAGAACUGCCAGUUGAGGUUAAGGUACAUCAGAUAAUGGGCGAAAAGGAUAUGGCAGGGUAUGAACAGAAGCCCAUCUCAAUGAUCCCAACAAAUCAUCCACUUCCUUCCUUGAACAGAAAUAAUCCAUGUUUAGAAAAAGCAACUGAAAAGGCUAAGCUGGGAUCUCAACAAGAACUGCAAGCUGAGGUCAAGAUAGAUCAGAAAAUAGGCAAAAAGGACAUGGGAGGACAGAAAAAUGAGCCCUUCUCAGUGCUACCAACCAAUCGUCUGCGCCCUUCCUUGGACAUAAAUAGUCUGCGUGCAGAAAAAAUCUCUGAAAAGGUUCACUCUUCGGCGUCGUCGCAGAUAAGGAUGAAUGAAAUACAUCUGGUCUCAAUUGUAGAUCUGGAAAAUCAUGGUGUGGUGGAGCUCGGAGGUGGUGCAACAACUUCUGUAACCUCGUGCAGUGCAAGUUCUAGAAAGGCAGCUAGCGAACCUCACAAAGCUUCUAAAGAACCCCAACCUACUGGUUCAGAGCGAAAAGUCUCAGGAACUUGUACCAUUUCUCUGAACGAGCAAACCGAUUUCGAAGAGAAAAGGCAGAAAAAGGCUGAUAUUCAGGUCACGCGACCAUGCAAGGAUGGAAACUCAGUAGAGCCAGGUGUUACUGAUGGUGCUAGCAGUCAGUUGGGUAUUUCUCCAGAUAUUGAGUUGUGUAUUGAACAUCCUUUAUGUACUAUGGAACCUGAUAUUGAAAAAAUUCUAUCAGAGGUCAUUGUGACCACCCAGAGGUGUUGCUUUGUACAACUUCUCUAUCUGGAGUUUCCAUUUCAAGUUGGGCCUUUUUUCUUAAAAUUGAUGCGACAAAUACAGAAGCUCUUUCAAAGCAUGUUUACUUGCCUUGUUCAUUAUUCUUUAUGUAGGCAUGGACUAAAUGGAAAUGCUGCUAAAAUUGAUGACAUGGAAAAAAUGAGGCAGUUAUCUUCCUGCUCACCAUCCCAUCUCUUUCGGUAUGGAAGUGCUCAGGGAAGUUCAGAUGCGCGGGAAGAGAUCACUUCAUGCUAUCGGACUGGGAGACCUAAAAGUAUUCGGAAUGUUAGAAGAUUUGUUUUUCAUCGCGUACAGUAUUUCUGUAAAGGUAUAGUUGAUGAAUCUCACUACAUACUUUGCCUUCUUGAGUCUGAAUCACUGGAUGAUCAUCAAAUAACUGUUGAAACGAUAUUUGGGCAUGAGCAUAUUCACAUUGCUACUCUUCCCACUUAUGAUCAGGCAAACAAGUUCGUGGAUCAGUUCAUUCUUCUGAUGAAACGGGAUGGCUACACACUAUGCAAUGCUCCGGUCUGUAUUGGAUUCUCUGACCUCAGACAGCAAUCUGAAGAUAACUCUCACCUCAGCUAUCUGUCUGGAGAAUAUCCACAAUACCAAGGAUUCUCGCCUUGUGUUGCCAAAAGCGUUGUGAUUAAUGAAAGCAAGGAUACAGGUUUUACCUUCCAGAAGAGGCCGCCAGAUGAACAUGCAAAUCAUCUGCAGCAAGGUAAUCAGCAGUGGGGGCUUCCAGGUGCACACGCAAAUGUUCUGCAGCAAGGACUUCAACAGUGGGGACUGCCAGAUGUACACGCAAAUGUUGUGCAGCAAGGGAGUCAGCAGUGGGGACUGCCGGAUGUGCAUCCAAAUGCUCCACAGCAAGGGAGUCAGCAGUGGGGACUGCAAGAUGUGCAUCCAAAUGCUCCACAGCAAGGUAGUCAGCAGUGGGGACCGCCAGAUGUGCGUCCAAAUGCUCCACCGCAAGGGAGUCAGCAGCGGGGACCGCCAGAUGUGUGUCCAAAUGCUCCACAGCAAGGGACUCAGCAAUGGGGACUGCCAGAUGUGCAUCCAAAUGUUCCGUGUCAAGGGAGUCAGCAGUCGUGGCUGCCAGAUGUGCAUGCAAAUGUCAUGCACCAAGGGAGUCAGCAGUGGCGCUGGCUGGCAAAUGUAUAUGCAAAUGUUAUGCACCAAGGGAGUAGUCAGCAGUGGGGGCAGCCAAAUGUACAUGCAAAUGUUAUGCACCAAGGUAUUAGUCAUCAAUGGGGGCUGCCAGGUGUGCAUGCAAAUGUUGUGCACCAAGGCAAUCAGCAGUGGAGCCUGCCAGAUAUGCAUGCAAAUGCUCUGCACCAAGGGCAAGGGUGUAGUCAGCAGUGGGCACCGCCAGUGCAAUCCCAAACCUUGGCUAGAGCCAACGCAUUCCAGCACUUGAAUCCCAGCCAUCCAGUUGAGCAGCAAUGCAACAGCAGAGUCCUCCAAGAUCAGAGGUUAUCAUUUGCAACUGGAGCCUACUCAAUGGGCCAGGGCCAGCAUCUACAUGUUCAGCCAUCUCAGGAAGUCGGCAUGGGCAUGGACCAGCACUUCCAACGCAGACAUCUCAUACCAGGGUUUUGCGAGAGAUAUGCUACAAGCACGGGCAACUACGGCCAGUGGCACCAGGCUCCUCCUCAGCUCGAUGGCAGGAUGCAGCAAUGGGCUCUCCAGGAUUUUGGCAGGCUGAUCAGUAGCUUACCUCCAAUGCAUGCUGGGAGGAGCAUGAUGUCGUCGGCGCCGCAGCAGCAUCCGGCUGGAGGUCCUCAGAUGAGCUUGUCGGCCACCGGUUCCGGUUAUGGCAGCCUCACAAGCACACAAUUCCAUCAUUCCUUGGCACCUCCCGGUUACCAGCACCCAUCGCAUGGGAUAUGCUGAAGAGUAAUGGCCAAGUGUGGUUUCCUUGGUGCUCUUCUGGUGGAGGUUGCUUACCAAAACAAUGGAGGCAGCAGUAUUUAGAGCACCUUUUUUUGAGAUGGCAGUAUUUAGUACUUGCCAGCAUAUAUAUAGAUAGUGCAGAUACAUUUUGGAGCCAAGUUCCUUCUUUUCGUUCGUGCUUCGUUCUCUGAUGGAUGGAUAUGUGGUGGCCCGUCUGACCUUUGGUGACUGUAGUAAUGACUCCUGGAAACUUGGUUUAAAGUAAAAGAAACGAAAUGCAUGUACUGAUGUACCGUCAGAAACUGAUGAAAGACUCUCUCUCGGUUACCUGUAUUUUCUGUUUGUUCUGAGUGAAUUGUCCCCGUUGUUGGAAAUCAUGUUUUAGAGACACCUUGGUGUUUCGUGCAGAAACCAUCUUGUUGUUUUUGAAAAUUCAUAGUCAAAAGCUGCCCAAUUCAAGUUU